AUGUCCGCAAAAAGUUCUAAAGAAAAAGAUGCUGCGCCUGGGGAAAGGAUGCAGGAGUGCAAGACUAAAACUAAGAAGAAGAAAAUUGGUAACGAGAUCGACGAGAUUUUCCAAGGAAAGAAGAGAAAGAGUGCUCCCGUUGAUGGUCAGGAAGCCAAUGACGGCGUAAAUAAGCUAGAUAAGGGGGCAGGGGAGAGCGGUAGCUCAAAAAUGAAGGAUAAGAAGAAGAGGAGGAAAGGAGCUCUGAAUGAAGAUUCCAAUACGCCAAGCCGCCGCCGGCGUACAUCUGACGGCCUCGCCAUUUACUCCGCGGAUGAGCUUGGUUUCGGGAAGACUGACGCCGGAGGUACCCCUCUUUGUCCCUUCGACUGUUCUUGCUGCUUCUGA